UAUGCACGAGAUAAAAACUGGUAAAUCAUAUCCAGUUAUAACUUUAAAUAAAACUGUUGAAAAGUGGAAGACGAUUAAUAUAAAUACAAACAAUUACAUUGAUUUGGCAUUUAUGAACAAUUGUGAAAUAACUCUACAAAAAUUCACAAUCCCCACUGAGAAUUUCUCAAAAAUUAAUGUUAUAGCCAAUGUGGAUAUUGAAAUUGUAAUUAGCCAAUGUAAAGAAUAUAUUAUAAAGUUUAUAAAGCUUAUACCAUCACUAGUAUUUGUCUACAACGGAGAUAGAUUUCAACAGUUUAAAAGUCUUCUAACUAUAUUAAACUAUCCUGAAACUCCUCUCGGUUUUAUACGGGCAGGACAAAUUAGAGGUUUUCAACCUUUUAUCUUUACAGAGAGUAAUAUGUCAAAUGGUUUGAUGGGAGGCUCUACAAAUAUCUUACAGUUUAGUAAAAUUACUUAUCAAGCUAAAGAAGAAACAGGAUGGUUAGAGUAUUUUCUAGGAAAGACGCCUAUUUGUGUAUUUUUUGAAAAUGAUUCGACUGAUACCAGAGAGAUACAUUUUACAUUUGACAGGGCUGCUACUAUCAGUAGCGUUACUAUUACUCUUGCAACAAAUGAGAAAGACGGAAACAAAUUAAUCGUUAAACAGAAUAACGGAUAUGACAACUGUAAUUUUCAAUCAUCCAAUAAAAAUGUAUAUGUUUUUAAAUGCGGAGCAGUUAAAGAAGCCAACUCUAACCCUCAAUUAAGCCUUACUAUACCGUAUGGAAAGAAUUAUAGUAUAUGUAGAUUGAACGUUAAAUCACUAAAUUUAGGAUUAGAUGGAAAAUUAAAGAACUUUAAAGAUUGUUCUGCAAACAAAGGAAAUACUUUUCUGUUUGAUGGAAAAUUUAAAAAAUCUCUAGCGUUUUAUAAUCCAACAUGUUCACAAUUUACUAUCGUUUUACCCUUUAAAAGCAGAAUUAAAUUAACUAAUCUUUAUAUGCAAGAAUUCAUAGAGUCACAAUGUCAAUUCGAAAUGUAUAUUGAAGAUGUACAGAUUAAAGUACACUGUGAAAUAACAUUAAAAGUUUCCGAUGAUCUUUACUAUCUACAAAUUGGGUCAGAUGAAAUAGGCAGCAAUAUAACAUUUUACAAUAAGAAAGAGAAAGUAUAUUUGUUAGAAAUUGAAAUUUAUGGAGAACGAAUAGAUAACAUUUCAAGUGAAAAACAAAGCAAAUAUAAUGAUUUAUACUUUAAAAAUAAAAUAGAUGAUACAUUCCUUACGUGGAAAGUCAGUAAUCAUAAUUUGGAUAGUUUAUGCCUUCAAAAUAUGAUUGAUAAGGAUAACGAAACAAACUGUCUUAUGCGAACUAAAGAGAAACAUCUACAUAUUCGAAAUUUCUUAUUGUUUGAAUACCGUAUAACAGUUAUAAGAAUUUUAUUAACAAUUCCACCUUUCAUAUCAAAUGUUACCGACGAUUCUUUAAUCAAUUCAUUUGAAGUAUCUCUAUUUAAACAAACAACUUGGAUUCAAAGUGAAAAACAGACGAUUAUUUCUGAAUUUAAUGGUCUGAAGCAGGAGUAUCUCUUUAAUGGAUCUUUUGUAAUAGCCGAUGAAGUAAGAAUAUUGACAAAUUUCCAUAAAUUCGAUAUAAGAAUACAUGAAAUUGAAGUUUAUGGAGAUUUAUAUCGACGUUUCGCCAAGAUAAAAUCCCAAUUAAUUAUAUUCAGUGACCAUAGUUUAAGGAUUGGUGCCCUAAAGAGAGAUUCCUUGUACAAUUGUUCAUCCUUCUUUCAACUUCACCAGCCAAGGCAGCCUUAUACUUAUAAUUGGAUAACAUUAAUCUUUAAUUCAUACGUUAGGGUUCAUAGUUUAGCAAUUUCAACAAAGACAAACUUAUUGAAUGUUGAUAUUUCUAGUGCAGCAACUGGAUUAACUUUACAAGAGGACUCUGUAAAAUAUUUCCCACUAUCCAAACCCAGACGGGUAUGUAAAACAUUCUUGAACAUUCCUUCGCCUGGUACUUUUGUCUCAUGUCAUAAAGAUGUCGUGGGCUAUCAACUAACUAUUGCUAGCUUGAAUAGCAAUGAAAUGUUUAAGUUGUGCCACGUCAAGAUAUGGGGUCAAAUGACGAAUCUGGAGGAAAUGUCGCUGUUGAGAAUGAAACGAUUUUUACUUAUGCCAAGUAUCAGUCAAGUCUUAAAACUGGAUACGAUUUCCACCGUUACCCAUUUGACGAUAUCGGCAAUUUCUGGACCUCUGUAUGAUCUAGAAGUUUCUAUGCUAAAUGACGAAACAAAGAAUUACGAAAUCAUUUACACCAGUGAUUUUCAAAGGUAUAGGUCGGAAGAUAUGGUUUCUACAAAGCACAUAAGAGGUCGCUAUAUAUCAUUAAAAAUGAACAAGAAGACGGAGAUAGGUCUAACUGUUUAUGGAAAUUUUACAAGAUCGAGACAAUCAACAUUAAUGGCAAAAGAUAUGACAGCUAUUCAUAGAGUACUCAAUCCAAGUGCCAAAUCCUUAAGAGAAUGCUCAGAUAGUUGUCUCUCCCAUGCAAUGACAGAUUGUUUUACCUUUGUAUGGGAAAGUAGGGGCGUGUGUUACAUUUCUAAAAAGGCAAUAACGUCAGGACACUCAGAAGAUUUAGAGGAAUUAAAGCUAAAUUACAAUCCAUUCCUAUCCAAGCUUGAGGGGUCGACUAUCUUUUCGUUACACUACAGCGAUAGAAAUAACACUAUGAAUUGUAUAAAUUAA